AUGACAGAAACAGUCUACAUAAUCGACGUAGAAAGUGGAAACCUUCAGUCCCUCUCCAACGCCAUCAAACACAUCAACCCCAACUAUGAAAUCAAAUUCAUCCACAACUUGUCCGAAUUCCAACAAUAUGACACCCAGAUCAGAAAAUUAUUAUUCCCUGGAGUUGGGAACUAUGGCCAUUUCGUGAAAGAAAUCCAUAAUCGGAACUUAUCAGGUCCUAUUCAUGACUAUAUUCUGAGUGGAAGGUCGUUUAUGGGGAUUUGUGUUGGAUUGCAGGCUUUCUUCAAUCGGAGUGAAGAAAGUCCGGAAUACAAGGGGUUGGGAUAUUUGGAGAUGGAUUUGUAUAAGUUUGAUAAUUUGGAUCCUGUGUUUGUUGAGAAUGGAUUGAAGAAGAGUGUGCCACAUAUUGGAUGGAAUCAUGUGAGUGAAUUGGUUGAGCCAGAUGGAGGGUUGUUUGAGGAUGGAGUUUCUUUGUAUGGAAUUAACACGAUUAAUAAAUAUUAUUUUGUCCAUUCUUAUGCGGCAAUUAUAAAGAAUGAAGAAGCUAAGAAAGGGUUAUUGAAGUUUGGAAAGGAGAAUGGAUGGAAUUUUGCCUUUGCCAAAUAUGGAAGUGAAGAAUUUCUUGCUGCUAUAAAUAAAGGGAAUUUCUUUGCUACUCAAUUUCAUCCUGAGAAAUCGGGUGUUGCUGGAUUGAAAGUAUUGAAAGAUUUCUUGGAAGAUAAACAAUUCCCCGUGAUUGCUAAGAAUGAUGUUCAAUCUCAUCCAGAGACUGAAGUUACUUUAGGUGGAUUGACUAGAAGAAUUAUUGCUUGUUUGGAUGUUAGAACUAAUGAUGAUGGAGAUUUGGUUGUUACUAAAGGCGAUCAAUAUAACGUUCGUGAAGAAUCAAAAGAAGAAGGGGAAUCUAAGAGUAAGGUGAGAAAUUUAGGUAAACCAGUUGAAUUAGCUACAAGAUAUUAUAAUCAAGGAGCUGAUGAAAUUACAUUUUUAAAUAUUACAUCUUUCCGUAAUUCACCAAUUAAAGAUUUACCAAUGUUACAAGUCUUGAAGAAAGCAGCAGAAACUAUCUUUGUUCCGUUGACCGUUGGUGGAGGGAUUAAAGAUAUGAUUGAUCCAGAAACUAAUCAAGUUGUUUCAGCUGCCAAGAUUGCUGAUUUAUAUUUCCGUUCUGGUGCAGAUAAAGUAAGUAUUGGAAGUGAUGCUGUUAUAAUUGCUGAGAAUUAUUAUGCCAAUAAUAAGGUCAAAACUGGUACAACAUCAAUUGAAACCAUUUCUGCAACAUUUGGAGUUCAAGCUGUUGUCAUAUCGGUUGACCCCAAGAGGAAAUAUAUUGCUUCACCUUCAGAUACUUCAAUGCAAGUUAUAAAAAUCACUGAUCCUUCCAAAUAUGGUCCUCAAGGUGAACAAUAUUGUUAUUAUCAAGUUACAUCACAAGGUGGUAGGAAAACUCACGAAUUAGGAGCAUUAGAAUUAUGUCUUGCAUGUGAAGAUUUAGGAGCAGGAGAAAUCUUACUUAAUUCAAUUGAUCAUGAUGGUUCAAACAAGGGGUAUAAUUUAGAAUUAUUAACUCAAAUUAAAACCAAUGUAAGUAUUCCAGUUAUUGCCAGUAGUGGUGCUGGAAAUCCUCAACAUUUUAAAGAAGUAUUUGAAAUGGAAUGUGGUAUUGAUGCUGCUUUAGGUGCUGGAUUGUUUCAUAGAGGUGAAUAUAGUGUUAAUGAAGUUAAAAGAUAUUUACAACAAGAAGCUAAAAUGGAUGUUAGAUUAGAUGAUAAUGUUGUGUUGUAG